UCUCUGGGCUCCACCGCCUCCUGUCCCACUGCCCGGCAGACGCCACCCGAGAGGCCACCACCGCAGCCCCUGACCCUGAGACAGACCCGCCAAACGCCUGCCAUGGACGCCACCGACGCCGCCCGGAGCAACGGGGCCAGCCCGGAGGCCAGGGAAGCCCGCAGCCCGCCAGGCCCUGUGGGCAGCCCUGAGAACGGGGCCAAGGCGGACAGUAAGGACGCCAAGACUACCAACGGGCACAGCGGGGAGGCGGCUGAGGGCAAGAGCCCGGGCAGCACCCCGAAGCCAGGGGAGGGGAAGAGCACCCUGUUCCUGGGGGGCGAGUGGCGGCGGCCCAUCGUCCAGUUCGUGGAGUCGGUGGACGACAAGGGCCCCAACUACUUCAGCAUGGACUCUGGGGACGGCAAGCGGUCCCCCUACGCGGGGCUGCAGCUGGGGGCCGCCAGGAAGCCGCCGGUCACCUUCGCCGAGAAGGGAGAGCUGCGCAAGUCCAUCUUCUCGGAGCCCCGCAAGCCCGCCCUGUCCAUCGGGGAGCCCGGGGACGCCAGGAGGCACAGCUUCCCCCGGGCGGACCCGGGCAGCCUGCCGCGCGCCAAGCCGGGCGCCGAGGAGGUCCUGUGCGACUCCUGCAUCGGCAACAAGCAGAAGGCGGUCAAGUCCUGCCUGGUGUGCCAGGCCUCCUUCUGCGAGCUGCACCUCAAGCCGCACCUGGAGGGCGCCGCCUUCCGCGACCACCCGCUGCUGGAGCCCAUCGGCGACUUCGAGGCCCGCAAGUGCCCGCUGCACGGCAAGACCAUGGAGCUCUUCUGCCAGACGGACCAGACCUGCAUCUGCUACCUGUGCAUGUUCCAGGAGCACAAGAACCACAGCACUGUGACCGUGGAGGAGGCCAAGGCCGAGAAGGAGACAGAGCUGUCCCUGCAGAAGGAGCAGCUGCAGCUCAAGGUCAUCGAGCUCGAGGACGAAGCAGACAAGUGGCAGAAGGAGAAGGACCGCAUCAAGAGCUUCACCACCAACGAGAAGGCCAUCUUGGAGCAGAGCUUCCGGGAGCUGGUGCGGGACCUGGAGAAGCAGAAGGAGGAGGUGCGGGCCGCGCUGGAGCAGCGGGAGCAGGAUGCCGUGGGCCAGGUGAAGGUGAUCGUGGAUGCCCUGGACCAGCGGGCCCAGGUGCUGCAGGAGGACAAGCAGACCCGGGAGCAGCUGCACAGCAUCAGCGACUCGGUGCUCUUCCUGCAGGAAUUUGGCGCUUUGAUGAGCAAUUACUCCCUGCCCCCGCCCCUGCCCAGCUACCGUGUGCUGCUGGAGGGGGAGGGCCUGGGGCAGGCGCUAGGCAACUGCAGGGACGACCUGCUGAACGUGUGCAUGCGCCACGUGGAGAAGAUGUGCAAGGCCGACCUGAGCCGCAGCUUCAUCGAGAGGAGCCACGCGGAGAACGGGGUUGACCAUCGCUACAUGAGCAACUACACCAGCAGCUACGCCAGCGACUGGAGCACGCCCGACACCAUGAAGCGGUAUUCCAUGUACCUCACGCCCAAGGGGGGCGCCAGGACGUCGUACCAGCCUGUGUCCCCCAGCCGCCUCCCCAAGGACAUCAACCAGAAGAACUUCAGUAAUCUCUAUGGCACCAAAGGUAACUACACGUCUCGAGUCUGGGAGUACUCCUCCACCGUGCAGGGCCCCGAGGACCUGCCCCUGCCCGGGGUCCAAGGCAGCUCCUCCUUCUCUCUGAAAGCAGGCCCCGGGCGGCCCCCCUACCACUUCCCCACCUUGGGACAGGCCACCUCAGAGUUCCCCAAGCCGGCGGACACCAAUGAGCUGUUUAAAAUUAGUCCCGGCUACCCCUCCCUCAUGCGGAGCCAGAGCCCCAAGGUCCAGCCCCAGACUUGGAAAUCUGGCAAACAGACUUUGCUGUCUCACCACCGGCCAUUCUACGUCAACAAAGGCAACGGGGUUGGCUCCAACGAGGCCCCGUGAGCUCCAGAGGGAACGAGGCACCCCCUCCCGCUGACCCUGCUGCUCUUGCUACUGUCGCGGCUGCAGGAAGGCUGGUGCUGUGCCUGCCGUCCCCAGCCCUCUGCCCGCCCCCAGGGCCAUCCUGGCCACCCCCCCCUUCCCCUUGG